UUUAAGCUACGAGGCGUUUUUAUUUAGGAUUAAGGAAUGAGGGUUAAAUCGACUCGGCGUAAAGAGAACUGCCCCGGGAAAAAUUGAAGCAUUCGGAAUCGAAUAAAGAACCCCAUUAGGGUUUAACGGUGUAACUGAUUGCAGCGAUGAGUAAUGCUACUCGGUCAAUUAUCUGCCCCGCGCGGUCCUCUUUCCAUUUGCUCCGCUCUAGCGCUGGAUUGGGUGGGGCCAAGUGGUGGAUGCCGGCAGGCUACGGCGCUUCACGAUGCGCCUCGACGAAAUCCGGCGGCGACGGGAAGAAGUCGCUGGCACGAAUGGCUGAGGUUCAGCGGCUUCUGUACCAAGCCGUGGAGCGGUAUAAAUCCGGCGGAGGAGUAGAACCUAUCCCUAAAAUCACUCUGGAUCAUGUUACCAUAAGCUAUGGGAACAUCGGGCAAGGAGGACCUCCGAAUGCUAACAAAAUAAGCUCCAAGGUUGAAAUGCGGUUUAAUGUAAAAAAUGCAAAUUGGCUAAACGAAAGGGUGAGGGAUAGGAUUUUACAAAUGGAAAAGAACCGAAUCAAUAAAGACGGGGAGAUAGUGAUAACAUCAGCAAAGUCAAGAGCCCAAAAGAGUAACACUGAGGAUGCUGUGGCAAAAUUACAAGUAUUCUCAUACCAGAAAAAGAAACUGCAGGCAAUCAUAGAUUCUGCUUCUUAUGUUCCAACACCUCCUUCAGAAGCGACGCUCAAGAAGAUCGCCAUGUUGUCGGCCCUCGGCAAGCAAAAACAACUGGAAAAGAAGAAAGCAGAGCGACAAAAGUAAGCGAUGGAAGAAGUUGCGACGGUCUACGAAUCUGCGCCUGAAUAAGAACACAACUCCUCAGCAUUGUCGAUCAGCAGUUUUCUCAAACUAUAGUCCCUUAGACACACAUAUUUGCUAUUUAUUGUCCAAGAAAGAAUCUCAUUAUUGAGUUCACAAAUCAUAUGAUAUGAAUGGUAAUAACUUUACAAACUUUAUUCUCAAUUAAUGUGUGGCAAGAGAGACCACCAGUUUCAUAA